AGGCUCUGGGGGCGGGAGAGGAUAAGUCGGAAGGAGGGGGCGGGACCUACACCUCAGGAAAGCCGGAGGAUUGGGGCACGAAGCGGGGCUUUGAUGACCCGCAAAGGGCGAGGCAUGCAGGAGGUGGAGGAAUUAAGUGAAACGAGGAAGGUCGUUAAUCAAGACCCUGUGGGCGAGGCCUUAAGGGGCGUGGUCCUUGUCUGGGCGGGGUCUUUGGGCGCCGACUAGGCCUGGUUCUGGGUGGGCGGGGCUGCUGUGGGCGGUGCCUGCCGUGGAAAUGCCGGCCCGCGCGCUUCUGCCCAGGCGCAUGGGGCAUCGUACUCUAGCCUCCGCUCCUACCCUGUGGGCCUCUAUCCCGUGCCCUCGCUCUGAGCUGCGCCUGGACCUGGUUCUGCCUUCUGGACAGUCCUUCCGGGUCUCACUCUAUUGCCCAGGUAGGAAUGCAGAGGCCCAUUCCAGCCUCGACCCCCGGGCGCAGCCUCCCGAGUAGCUGGGAAUACAGGUGGAGGGAGCAAAGUCCUGCACACUGGAGUGGUGUACUAGCGGAUCAAGUAUGGACACUGACUCAGACUGAGGAGCAGCUCCACUGCACUGUGUACCGAGGAGACAAGAGCCAGCCUGGCAGGCCCACACCAGACGAGCUGGAGGCCGUGCGCAAGUACUUCCAGCUAGAUGUCACCCUGGCUCAACUGUAUCACCACUGGGGUUCCGUGGACUCCCACUUCCAAGAGGUGGCUCAGAAAUUCCAAGGUGUGCGACUGCUGCGACAAGACCCCAUCGAAUGCCUUUUCUCUUUUAUCUGUUCCUCCAACAACAAUAUCGCCCGCAUCACUGGCAUGGUGGAACGGCUGUGCCAGGCAUUUGGACCUCGGCUCAUCCAGCUUGAUGAUGUCACCUACCAUGGCUUCCCCAGCCUGCAGGCCCUGGCUGGGCCAGAGGUGGAGGCUCAUCUCAGGAAGCUGGGCCUGGGCUACCGUGCCCGCUAUGUGAGUGCCAGUGCCCGAGCCAUCCUGGAAGAACAGGACGGGCUAGCCUGGCUGCAGCAGCUACGAGAGGCCUCUUAUGAGGAGGCCCACAAGGCCCUCUGCACCCUGCCGGGAGUGGGCACCAAGGUGGCUGACUGCAUCUGCCUGAUGGCCCUAGACAAGCCCCAGGCUGUGCCCGUGGAUGUCCAUGUAUGGCAGAUUGCCCAACGUGACUACAGCUGGCACCCUACCACGUCCCAGGCGAAGGGACCAAGCCCCCAGAGCAACAAGGAACUGGGAAACUUUUUCCGGAGCCUGUGGGGACCUUAUGCUGGCUGGGCCCAAGCGGUGAGUGUACCUUGGUUUCCUCUCCUCCAGCCCAGACCCCAUAGGACUUCUCCUCCAGCCCUGACCCAGCCGACUCUUCCACCACCACUGCCCCAGGUGGCCCUAAAGGACUCUCCAGCCACCCCUGUCCCAACCCCAGUGGACUCUCAUUGCCUUCGGCCCUGUUCCCAAGGACUCUUCCACCUCCCAGCACUGUCACUAGUCCCACCAGCCCUGACCCCAGUGUACCCUCCUCCCCACACCGACUCCACCCUCAUACAGGUGCUGUUCAGUGCCGACCUGCACCAAUCCCGCCGUGCUCAGGAGCCACCAGCAAAGCGCAGAAAGGGUUCCAAAGGGCUGGAAGUCUAGAUGGGGCACCCUGGACAAAGGAAUUCCCCAAGCCCCUUCCCCUCCAUUCCCCACUUCUCUCUCCCCAUCCCCACCCAGUCUCAUGUUGGGGAGGGGCCUCCCUGUGACCACCUCAAGGGCCAGGCACCCCCAAAUCAAGCAGUCAGUUUGCACAACAAGGUGGGCUGGGGGCUAUUGGGGGAGACAGCACUAAGGAUGGUUUUAUCUUCUUCCCUUUAUUACAAGAAGGAACAAUAAAAUAGAAAUAUUUGUAUGGAAAA